AUGUCAGAAACAUUCGACCACCGCGAUCCAUUCUACCAAUACAACGACCCCGAAGGAUCGCUCGAGGAAAAGAUCCACCGCUGGACAUGCACCGGCAAGACCAACGACUACCUAAGCGAGCACCUCUCCCACCAGCUCUACUCAGCCAUUUCCCAAGAGAACGAACCCAUCGUGCGCAUGCUCCUAGACGCCGGCGUCGAGACGGACCUAGUCGCAUUCAACAACGACUCCUUCUCCUGCCUCCAAACCGCUGCACUGUAUGGUCAUCGCGCCAUAGCCCGAAUGCUAUGGGACCACGUCGGACCUGACGCGCGCUUCCAAUCCUUCCAGGGCCCGAAUACGCGACAACCGUACUACGGACAUGGCUUGAUGCCGAGUUGUUUGGUCAUUGCCGCUAGGAACGGACACGUGGAGCUGGUGGGCGAUUUCCUCGAUUGGUACGAUGGGUGGUGGCACAGGGAGAAGUGUAUGGCGCUGUAUGAUGCGGCGGCCAUGUGGCGAGGGGAAGUGGUAGGUUUGUUGCUGGUGAGGAUUUCGUAUGAUCAGGACGUGGUUCAGGUGGCGCUGCAGCGCGCGUUUGGGCCUCGGCGGUCGAUAUGGCCUGACAGUCUGUUUCAGGGACCGGAGAUACGGCCGGUGAACGAGGAGGGCGAGAUCAGGAUGGUGGAGAGGCUGAUUGAAGCUGGUGCGGAUCCGAACCGGGUCAUCCAGGAUCUGGAUGUACGUGGUCGGCUUUCCCGCCAGCCGUCACUGCCGAUUCACCAUGCGUAUAACCGGUUCGAUCUUUUGAGAGCUCAGUUGGAGAAAGGGGCGGAUCCUAACUUGCCAGAUGAGCAUGGUCGUACUGUCUUGCACAAGAUCGCUGAACUGUUUGACCAACCGUUCUUGGAAGUGCGCAGGUAUAAGGGAUUCGAACAUCGAGUUGUCAUCGGCACAGAUCAAGAUGGCUCUACUGAUACUACUUCUUCAGACGGAGGUAGUAGCGGCAGAGGCGGGAAUAGGGGCCGAGGCAGGGGCAUGGGCAUGGUUCGAGGCAGAGGAAUCGGCAGAGGCAGAGGAAGAGGAGUCGGCACUGGCAGGACCCAAGGUAUCCAUCACCAAAGACCAAGGCGCUUCUUCCUCACUGACCGUUCCGUCCUCUCAUCCAUCUACCCGUUAUCCUCACCUCCCUACAUCGGCAACCGGCCCACCAAGUCAAAGACCCAAGAAACCAACCUGGCAAUUCUCCAUCUCCUCUUCCAGCAUUCCGCCUCUCCAACCAGAGCAGACACCAAAGGCGAAACUCCCCUCCACCUCCUCGCUUCAACAGGAUCCCUCGAAGCCUUCCGUCUGUGUCUCUUCCAUUGCGAAGAUGCCGACACGGCCAUACAUACCCUCAACGCCUACGGCGAAUCUCCCCUUCAUUACGCUGCCGCAGGCGGGAACGAAGCCGUCCUAAGCUUUCUGCUUGACCAGGGUCUAGACCCAAACCAGGCCUCCGACGACGGAUGGACACCCUUUCUCUGCGCCUUGCAUCCCGUCUACGGCAAGUCGCAAACCGUCGCGCACCGAAUCGCUCGCUGUCUUCUGGGGAUAUCUAAUAAUCCCGCCGCCAUGGCGCAAGUGGUUACGAAAGAGGGCUGGUCGCCUAUGCACGCACUUGCUACGCCUUGGGAUGAUUCUCUUUUACAUUUUUGUGAAAAAAGUCAGGGUGGUUCUCAGUCAUCGAAGGACGAGGACAAGGACAGGGGUGAAGGUAAGGGUGAAGAAAACGGUAGGUCCGUCGCCACUCGUUCUGGUGGGACAGGAACAGGUAAAACCACCGCAGAUAUUUCUGCUUCUGAAGAAAGCCUCCUAUCCCUAACUCAACACCUCCUCUCCCUCGGCGCAGCCGUCGAUCCCCAUGCGGAAUGGCUGAGAUAUCGCGCGGCUGAUGCCACCAGGCUAUACGGUAGGUGGGGAGGGAGGAUGCGUAUAUCAACCAUCUCGGCCGCGGGACGUGCGACGGUUGAUGACCAUCACAAGCUGGGGCUAUCACCAUGUGCCGAUGAGGAACUUACUCCGUGGUGGUGGGCGAGGGUGACUGAAGUGUCUGCUGUUGAGGAGGUUUUGGCCAGAUUUUUGGAGGUUAGGGAGGCGAUGGAGAAGAAUCUGGACAUGGCGGCGGGGGACAUGGAGCAAAUGGAGAUAAGUGGGCAGAUUUUUGCUGAGGCGUUGACUAGGAGGGAGAUGGAGCGGAUGGAGGUGGAGGAGAUGGAAAAGAAGGUGACAAGGGGACCUCAACCUGUCGCGCUUGUGCACUCGGGGGUAUGUUGGCCUAAUGGGGAGGUAAGGUAUUGA